CUUGAGAUCAGGCGGGCUGGGGCGCGGGCACGGCCUCGGCCUCGGCCUCGUUCCUUGCCGAGGGCCGGUCUCCCGCAAGCGCUAUCGCUCCCGCCGCCCCUCCGGCCCGCCGGGCUGUGACGGGCGCGGGGCAGGCCGGGAAGGGCGCGGGGCAGGCCGGGAGUGCCCCGGGAGCGUCCCGGGAGCGGCGCAACGGGAUCGGCAGCGGGACCGGUAGCGACACCGGCAGGAUGUGGUACGAGAUCUUACCCGGCAUGGCCAUCAUGGGCGUCUGCCUUAGCAUCCCCGGCUUCUCCACCAUGUUCAUGAACCGCUGGAACAACGGCGGCAAGGAGAAGAGGAUCGCCCGCUUCCCCUUCCAGUGGGCCCUGAUGGAAAGGGAUCGGCGGAUCUCGGGUGUCAACAAGUACUACGUGUCCAAGGGUCUGGAGAAUAUAGACAAAGGUGGCAGCACUUUGAAGAAUCCACGUAUCUACUGAGAAUGAUUUAACUCCUAAAUAAAGAUAUAUGUGUGUUCA